CUUCCAGACCUCUCGGCUGCCUCACAUUCUAUCCUCUGUAAUAAUUUAUUUAACGAGUGCUUGGAAAACAAACAAGUUAUGGCUUUUGUGUUGGCCGGUGUUUGACUGGAUUAGUCUUAAAGCCUCAAUAGUGUUUCGUUGUGGUGUGUGGAAUACCGCGGGCCACUGAGGCGCAGGUUCGACACCCUGUACAGUGUUUACAAUGGGCGUGAAGAAGCAGACGCUCGUCUUUGUACUGUCUGCCACGGUAGUGUUUUUGAUAAUUAACAGCGAAAGCUUACUAACGUCAAGAGAUAGAAUCAAAGUACAAGAAACAUCAGAAGACAGUGAAUCAAAACUCAUCACCAGGCAAAAUAUUGGUCAAAACUUGGAGAAAGUAGAUUUGCGAAGCUCUUACGGGGGUGACUCGCCUAUAUGGAAAGCAGUGGAAAAUUCUGUACAUAGUUACGAGAAGCCCAUUGAUACUCCUGUCGAAGAGAAAUAUUACGAACCUGUAAGGAAAGUCAUGAAUAUUCUUGAAAAUAAGACAUUUGAGAGCGCAAGAGACUUUAUUAAAGGCUUUAUACAUUCGAUUCAGGAGAAUAAUAUAAAUUCCAGCGUAGAAAAUGUGAAAAGUGCGCCGAAAAUUAAACCACAUGUAUCAGAGAGCAGUAAUCUCACCACAGAAAACAGGAACACCAGGAUGGGUCCAACUGUAGCGUCGCGGGGCGUCCCUGUCGUUACUACACACCUGGGGAACAGAUCACAACCUUGGCUCGAAUCCCAGGAGCUGCCUGGGGUAGGUCGUCUGGGGCGGCCGGUGCUGGUGGUGGAGGCCGGCGCCAAGGUGCACCACAACGUUACCUGGCACGGCUUUCCAGCCCCUGUCCUCACCUUCAAGAUCCUGGGCCGCCUGGGCAACACCAUGGGCGUCUACGCCAGCCUCUGGGCCCUAGGCAGGAUCUACGACGUGAAAGUGUUCAUGGAGGAAGGAGUCGUGAAGAGGUUGCGUCCGUUAUUCCCUCACCUCACAAUGUCCCCUCUGCCUGUGCCGAUGAUGGGGGCGUCGUGGCUCUGUGUGGGUGCCGGGUCACCCACUCUCACCGACUAUACUUCACUUCAGGAAGCAGCAGCCGGACUGAAGGGACCCAGAGCCAUAGUGGCGGAUGGUUACCCGUUUGAGAUGCAGAUCUUCAACGCUUUCAGGGAUGAUCUGGUGCAAGAGUUUACCUUCAGCCGUAAGCUUCAGCAAGAGGCCCAGGACUUCCUGCACACAGUCGCCGCCUCUACAGCCCCAACCACCUUCGUCGGGGUCCACGUCCGACGGACGGACUUUGCUGCCGCCUUACAGCAACUGUUCAGGAUCUCCGGCCCCGGCGAGGACUACCUUAGACGAGCUCUGGACUUCUACCGUCGACGCCUCCCGCGGGUGACCUUCGUGGUAGCUUCGGACGACAUGGAUUACGUGAUGGAGGUCCUCAUCCGGGAGAAGGAUGUAGUCUUUGCUCCAGGUACUCCUCCGGAGCUGGACCUGGCGGUGCUGGUGGCCUGUAACCACUCCGUCAUCACCCUCGGCAGCUACGGGUUCUGGGCAGCUUACCUCGCCGGUGGCGCCGUCGUAUACCCGGAUCUUCAGCCCAAGAUGAACGAGUACUCCUUCUCUCGGGCCUACUACGAGAGAGCCAACCUCACCCAGUUCAUCCCACUCCCUCCCUGAGGCAGACAGAGCGUGUGGUGUUUCACCUGUGUGACUCCCUAGACCUAAACCCCCUCCCCCCUCAACAAACCAUACUAGUUAUCAAUCUCGCUAAAUAAACGGUUCCAUCCUCACGUAUAAGUCUGUGAGGAUGAAGGGAAAAUGGUGAAGGGGUAGGUGGUGAAUGGGUGGAAAGUUGCUAAACUAUAGAGAAGGUGGUGAAUGAUGGCAAAGGUGGUGAAGAAGAGGAAUGGGGCAAAGGAGAAGGAAAAUGGUAUGGAUAGUGAAAGUGGCAAAAGAGAGGGAAGGUGUGUGGUUAAGAUGGUUAUAAUAUAGACAAUCGUGUGUAGUGCAGACGGUUACAGUGAUGAUUGUAGUGAAGACGUAGUGUCCUUCCCGAGUGGGUACCCGAGCAACGCCGGGUACCCACUCUAGUUUAAUUUAUUUUUUAGAUAUAGGUAUGAAAUUAUAUCGAUGAAAGCCGUCGCUUAUUCAUGGAUAGCAGGUUUUUAUACAAUUAACUAACACCUACACUAGCCUAUCGGCCCCUGGAGUCUUAAAUUGUCGCCAACGUGUGUUGGUUGUGGGAACGUGAGUAUAAACACAACAUUGAUUAUUCUCUUUGAUAGUUUUUGACUUGUUAUGUUUGCUUCGGACCAUUUCAGGAGUUGAGUAGCAUCAGAGUGAUUAAAACUGCCAAAAUUUAGGAUUUAAUAGAAUUUUCCAUAGUUUACGCACUUAUAUGUGAUUUUUUUCAAUAAUGCACGUAUGAUUAUAUUAAAGUUUGCCUCGAUUUAAAAGGCUUGGUUCUGCAGAAGUAGUGACUUAAAUCUUACGAAUUAGAUAUAUUUUUCCAUUGCUGAAACCUCGGAUGAUUUGUAGUCAGCCUUUUUCUAAGGUACUUUUUAGAUACACUGUACUGCAUUUAUCGGUGAGUAUACACUGAGAGUUUACUUAGUUCUGAAUUAUGUGCAUGACUAAAUUAUACCAGCUGCUUGAUCAGCAAGGCACUAUGGUAGCCGUAGCGACUCUCCCCGAGGUCUGUAGGCCAUACGCCCAACAAUAAAUCCAAUUGAUAAACUUGAAGGUGACCUUACAACAGCCGACAGCUUGACCUGUGGUUAUCACUCUAGUCUUGAACACUUGCACACUCUAACUUAUGUAAUUGUUGAUAAAUAAAAUAUAAG